UUUUAAAUAAGAUUUACGUCCCUUGUUUACACUGUUUAUACAUAGGUGGCACAAUUUUAACAAGCAGAAGCCGAGCCUGCUUGACGGAUUUGACUUCAGAUAAACUUGAGAAACUGUGAACUCAGCAAAGCAACAAGAUGGGAUUUUGUGGAGGAUGCUGCAAGCCACUUCUUAUCAUCUUCAACAUCAUCUUCUGGCUGUCUGGGGCAGCCAUUUUGGGUAUUGGAGUGUGGAUGAUUGUGGACAAAAACAUUGCGAGCUACUUUGAAGUCCUUAACAUUGACACGCAUGACAAGUUCUUCAGGUAUACAGCAUACCUUCUGAUUGCUUUUGGAGUGUUUGUGUUCCUGGUGGGAUUCUGUGGCUGUUGUGGAGCAAUCAGGGGCAGCAAAUGUCUCCUUGGCAUGUACAUCUUCUUCCUGGUGUUGAUCUUCGCUGGAGAAAUAGCUGCCGGGGUCCUUGCUAUCAUUUACAAAGUCAAGAUUGAAGAAAAAGUGGAGUCAACACUUGAAAAGUCUAUCAAAGAAAAGUAUGGACCUUCUGGAUCAGCUACAAUUACUGAAGCAUGGGACUUUGUGCAAAUUCAGUUGGAGUGCUGCGGUGGGAAGGGCCCUAAUGACUAUAAUGGCAGCACGUUUGCUAAAGAUCCAAAUAAACAGAUUCCGCUAUCCUGCUGUGUGCUGACCAAUAAGAAGGAUGCAUAUGAUAGCCCAGACAAGGCCACUGCCGUAAACAUUACAGAGUGUCAGACCAAGCAAUCUGAAUAUCACACCAAGGGCUGUAAGGACAGUUUGAUUAACUGGGCCAAUAAACAUACAGGUAUUCUGAUUGGUGUGGCCAUUGGCAUCGGUUCACUUCAGUUGUUUGGCAUCAUAGUGGCUGCCUGCCUGUGUCGCCAGGUGGACCGAGAGGAGAAGUACUAGCCCUCUGUCAGCCCUGCUUGCAUCUAGAGGUGUAUCAACUACGUCUGCAAUAUAAACUUGUAUCUAGUGGAGUACAAGAAAACUUCUGUCAUUCCAACAAGCAGCCUUAACUGGAUUUCCGAAAGAAAAGCGUUUCUUAAAACAAAAAAAUACCUUAAAAGUGAAAAGUGUCGUCCCUGACUAGCCUGUUCGGCCUUCAUAGGCUAAUCUGGGACGACGCUUUACUCAUAUGCAAUAAUCCCAUUUUUUGCUGGAACUAUGUCUGCAAUACGCAGCCAGUGAAGUACACCAAGAACUUCUGUCAACUUAACUUGCAUUCAGAAGUGUAACUCAUAAUAACUUACAAUAUGAACAACUUAGUAUUUUUUAUAUAAGUGUUUACUUAAUGAACAAUCCUUUUGAGAUGUUACAGUAUCAUAUUUGAUAAUAAUUUAACUAGUAUUGAAUUCUAUACAAUUAUGAACUUGCCAUGCAUUAGAACUGAUUAAUUCCAUGUUGAGAUUAAUUUAUUGUUUAUUAUACAGCAAAUGUUUAAUUUUACAGAUGCAAUGACUUUUUGAUUAACUCUCAUUAACCUGGAUGGAGGCUCAUUCACAAUAUUUGGCAAACAUUUAUUCAAGUGAUUCUUACUAGUUAAAUGACAUUCAAGUUCUUUACUAAAUAUUGUUAAGUUUUUUGUACAUACUAGAAUUUACAGGUACAAUAUUUAAUAGCAAUAACAGAAAUGCAUGGGUUAUAGUUAAUUUUGUUACAUUAUUGAUCCAUUAUUUUCCAUCAGUUUGUUCCAUAAAGAACUGAAUGUACCACAUUAUGAUAGAACCAGCAAGAGCUUGCUUCAUAAGCUGCCUAUAUAGUGUACUUAUGGGCCUUACUGUGGGUAGACGGGUCUAAGGCAUGUGUCAGUCAAGGGACACCAUUUGCAGCUUUUAUGGAAUUUGAUUUUUAGCCCAUCGGCAUCCCCCCAUAAGAAGCAAAGUGAAAAAGGCUUUUGCAACCAAUAUAAAACCAAAACAGCCUGCUCGCAGUCUGUUCAGGUUUUAUGCUGUUUGCUGCUCAUCAGUAACUAAGGAUUGGAAAUGAAGCCUUUAGAUCUUGAAUUUAGUAAGAAAAGUAUUUAAUUUAAUGUGAUUUUUAAGUGACUACAAAUGCGUCAAAAAAAGUAUCUAAGUGGUAAAGGGUUUAAGAAGUCUCUUCUAAAUGUAAGUCCUGGAUUAUCUGACAACAUACUCUACAUACAUGCAUUAAACCCUGUGUUCCCAUAGCAAUCAUUAUAUUCUUUACAUUAUGUUAGCAAUGAUUAUAUUCUAUACAUUAUGUCAUUUUGUCAGAUUAUAUUCUAUACAUUAUGUCAUUUUGUCAGAUUAUAUUCUAUACAUUAUGUCAUUUUGUCAAAUUUUUUUACCAGUAAUUCAACAGUUUUACAAAUGGACUUAAUGACCUGUCCUUACAUUUUAUUUAAGAUAUGCAUAAUCUCUGCUUAUUUCUGUAAAAUUAUUGUUAACAGGUAUAUUAUUUUAUAAGUUAAAUGCUUAAUGCAGUAUUGUACAUGAUUGUAUAGUUAAAAAUCUGUUUUGUGAUAUACCGGGGUAGUAUUAUGGAUUUAUUAUGGUAUCUCCCUAGACAUUAUUUUAAAACAGAUCUGUAAUGAACAUUGGAAACUUAUUUAUUUUUGGAAUCUCAGCAGGUUUAAUUAAAAAUAUCCCAAACACAUUUAAAACCAAUUAAGGAUUGAUAAGAAAGGUCUUAUUAAUUAUGAUGGUGUUGAUGAACGUUUUGUUACAUGUAUUGAAGAACCGCAACAUUGAAUUAUGAUCACUUUUUUCUAAUUGAUGUUAUAUAAAAUCAUCUCAAAUGUUAAUAAAGUGGCUAUCGCCAUAAUUCUUCCUCUUAGAUCAUAAACAAUCUAUGAAUGAUUGACUUAUUGCAUGUUUCUCAUAAAUAAUCUUUUGGAAUUUUGCAUAAGAUGAUGGAAGCUUCUCUGUAAUUGUCCUUCUCAGAUUUAUUCCUAGUGCAAUAAGUUUUUGAAUUUUUGGGUAAGUUUGUGAAACAAAAACUUAAGAUUUAAUGCAAUUAUCGCAAUAUUUUUUAAAAUAUUUUGUUGUUCUUGGUGGUUCUCGGACUGUUGUAAUCUAGCUAGUAUUUUGUUGUAUCAUUCAUAUAGAUGUUGAAAAAUCAUUCUAUUUAAGUGCAUUGUUCAGCUUUAUUAUAAAAUAAUAUAUAUUUCAGCCUCCCUAGACAAAGUUUUGAGGGGGUAUACUUGAGCGCUCUGUUGGUUAGUUGGUAGGUCUGUCACACUGCACAUGUUUACUUUGUUUGGCAAAGUAGUCUCUCAGUAAACUGCGUUUAACAUGAAAAGGUUUAGAUAUAUUGAUUAAACUUUGUACAAGUGCAAGACCUUACUUGUGUGUAGCAAUAUUCUUUGAGGAUUUAUGUGCACUUAAACUAAAGUAAAUUUUGGUAACUUAACAUAAUAACAAGUUUUCAUUGUGUUGUUAACAACUCUUUGCCGAGUUAUUUGCUCUGAAAUAGGCUUUUUAAGAUUUGUAUAAUAACACCAUUGCUCAUGUGUAAUUUUUAGCGAGGCUGUUUUAGGAGAAAACCCGAGCUAUUGUCAUAGCCAGCUCGCCGUCCGUCGUAGGCGUCGUGCUAAAACCUUAACAUUGGCCAUAACUUUUUAAAUAUUGAAGAUACAUGUAGCACCUUGAUAUUUGGCACGCAUGUGUAUCUCAUGGAGCUGCACAUUUUGAGUGGUAAAAUUUCAAGGUGAACAUUAUCCUUCAAUGUCUUGGGUCGAAAAAACAAAGUCAAGGGAAGUAAUAAGCUUUAAAUGGACAUAGUUAUCUGACCUGCCCACUUAUAUAUUUUUGUUAAAUAAAUCAAAACGGCGCAGUAGGCGGCAUUGUGUUUCUGACAAACACAUUGUAGUAAAAGGUCAAGGUCAUCCUUUACAGUCUAUGGUAAAAAAUACAAAUUUAAGGGAAGUAAUAAGCUUUAAAAAGGGAGAAAAUUAUUCAAUAUUGAACAUAGCCACUUAAUAUAUUUGGCAUGCAUGUGUAUCUCAUGGAGCUGCACAUUUUGAGUGAUCAAUCACAGUCACGGUAGUGGCAUUUAAUUAUUUGCUACUAAAAAUAGAGAUUUGUUAAAGACAAUUAUCUUCAAGGAAAGUAAUUUAUAUAAUUAUAAAUCUCAUAUAUUUCCUAACCAAGAAUUGAAGUUCUUUUCAAAGUUACUGUACAGAUUUUAUUAUUUUAAUUAUUUAUAACUCAAAUGAUUGAUUUGUCAAAGUUUUUUUUUAAUGAUAUUAUAAUUUCUUUGAUGUUCAUUACAUACCUGUGGACUUAUGUCCAUAGAUACAUGAUCAACUCUGGCUAUGAUCUCUUUUAAACCACAGGCCUUGGUUUUCAGUGAUGUCUGACAUGGUCAUAAAUGACUGUGAGACCCUCCCCCCCCCCCCCCCCCCAACCCCCAGUUGGAUUGGACAAAAUUCAAGGGAAGUUAUCAGCUUUAAUGGGAGAUGAUUUCUAUACCUGCCAAAUGAUAAAUAGCAAUUUUAUUUCAAAGUGGCGCAAUAGGGCGCAUUGUGUUUCUGACGAACACAUCUCUUGAUAUAAUUAUCAUUUCUUACCUGUUCUAAUUUGUGAAUGCUAGUUUUCAUUAAAUGCCAGUGGACUUAUGUCCAUACAUUACAUACAUGAUGAAAUCUUGCUAUGAUCUCUUUGAUAAACCACAGGCCUUGGUUGUCAGUGAUGUCUGACUUGGUCAUUUUUGACUGUCUUCAGACCCCCCCCCCCCCCCCCCCCCCCCCCGGUUGGAUUGGACAAAAUCCAAGGGAAUUAAAGCUUUAAAGGGAGAUGGUGUCUAUACCUGCCGAUAAAUAGAAAUUUUAUUUCAAAGUGGCGCAGUAGGGGGCAUUGUGUUUCUCACAAACACAUCUCUUGUUGGGUCACUAGGUCAAAGGUCAAGGUCACUGUGACCUCUAAAAAAAAUUAAAUUCUGACAAGCUUUUGCAGCCGAGCGUGGCAACCGUUAUGUGGUGCUCUUGUUGUCACAAACUAGUCUCGCAGUUUUCUGUGUAUCGAAACAAUACUUUAAUGGGUUCUUUUGGUGUAUUUCACUAUUUGUUGCACAGUUAUGUGCAUUUGAACUUAAACAAUUGAUUCAAUAGCUCAACGUGACUCUUAUUGUCAUUGUGUGUGAACAAUUGGAAUAAGCAAAUGACACAAUUAAUUUUGAGAUUAGUUUUUUGGCACCUUCUUAUGAGCCAUUGCGGGGGAAUUGUCACGUUGAAUAACUGUUCUAGUUUGUUUCUGUGAAUGUUUUUUAACUGUUUUUAAUAUUUAUAGCCUUAAUCAUUACACUUUAUUUGCUUUUAAAUGUUGAGUUUAAAUUAUGGCUUGAAUAUAACAGCCAUGGCUUCUGAUAGCAAGUUAUGACAAGAAUAAGAAACAGGGUAGUUUUAGUUCUUUUUUUAACGUUAAUAUGUAAUGUAUAGUUUUAUGUUGAUGUUAGUUUUGAAGAAUUGCAAUAUUAAACAACUCACAAGCAAUAUGAACUUAAUUUCAGUGCCAUUGAAAGAAGUUUGAUCUUAUGAAGUAGCUAUGCACUUUAACAAAACAAUUACAAAAAACUGUUGUAAAAACUUUAUCCUUUUUUGUUUUCUGAAUUGGGGAAAAACUCUAUAAAUAAAACUGAUUAAUUCUCAAGGUUCAUUAUUAAUUUGUAUCUUGAUUCUUUCUCAUUUAUAAGUACUUCAUUCCUCCACCACAGUUGGCUGAAAUGACAAGUCUUGUAUCUUUGAUCGCCUUCUGUGAUCUGUAUGGCUUUUCCUGUCAUUCCAGUUUCUUGGUGGUAAGUGUAGUAUCUAUAUGCUUGAAAUACGGUGUAAGCAUUAUUCUAGAUUGUUUAAGCCUUCAUGUGUUAUUUAAGUACACUUCGUUUCAUGAAUGUAAAUUUGAACAUAAAUGGAAAAAGAAAUUUAUAUUACCUACAUUGUUUAUGAGAAUUGACAUCUUUUAAGGAAUAACAUAUAUUGUAUUAACCAGGUUUAGUUAUUACACUCAUUGUCUAGUAUAGUGUGAAUCUUUUUUUAGACGUGAUGAUUAAAUCCUAUUAUCAAUUAGUAUUCAAUAACUUAAAAAUAUAUAUGUGGUAUAGGUGAUAAAUUUAGAUUAGAACUUGUAUUUGCUAUGGUAAAAUCUUGAUGUAAAGUGCUGUUGUAAGUUAUAGCCAAGUGUGUUUAAUGUGUUUUUUGUAAUGAAUCGAGUUGUUGUAAUGCAUAAUGAAAAUUAUAGGAUGGAAUUUAGGUUGCUAAGAUAUAAAACAUUUUUUUUGGAAACAAGUUGGUUACUGGACUCUCAUAUGUAAACAAAUUAGGCACUUUCUAAUAUUAUAUUAUCAAGUUUGAAUUCAUAAUUUUAUAUUUUAACUUGGCUUUUCAUAUAGAUCCUAAACUUUGUUGUUGACAUGAUUGUUGUUGUGUGCACAUUUACGGUAUGUCACCAGAUUUAGUUUGGCAUCACCGUUUCAUUGUUUAAAAUAAAAGGCACAGUAGGAUUG